AUGGGCUUCUUUACGAUUCAAACCAAUCAUUCAAUGAUACAAACACUGGACAAAGAGGUCUACUAUCAUAUGAACGAACCGGACAUCACUUCAAGCCGUAUAGCGGAUGGUGAGGAAGCUGUGGUGAUGGGUAAACCAUUACAGGCACCAUGGGCAGUUAGCAUCCACUUCAAAGCACUAGGCGUUAUCAGCACAAACCUGUGUUCAGGUGUAUUAAUUGCAAUGAAUUGGGUCUUAACGGCUGCCCAUUGUAUUGACAGCUCUUUGAUUGGAAAAACAGCGAUAAGGGCCUCACCCUUUGCCAGCGCCGGCUUUCAGACCCGACACGUGAACCAGACAUUUAACUCGUCAAGCGGUGCGGAUUUGGCUUUGAUUCAAACGGACCGACCCUUUGGCCGACUCCGUGACCGCGUAUUGAAGAGACACUACUCUAUAAACACUGUAUGUCUGCCGCAAAUAAAUCGUACGUUUACUUCGGGAAAUGUGACGGUUUUUGGUUUCGGUUAUAUCAGUGAUAAGGGCUGGCAAUCCGAUAAACUACAGAAAGCUAUACUAAAGCUGUGGGCCAUUGAUUUGGUAUCAGUCGUGUUUUGUAAAGUCCCUGACUAUAAUAGGCUGUGCGCCUCGUCUAUCAAAGGCCGUACCUGUCGAGGUGAUUCGGGCGGCGGUUGGGUUCAGUAUAACGACCGGUACGGGACUCAAGCGGUGGUUAUUGGCAUUCAUAAAGGUUCUGAUCGGGUCUCUACGGGGUGUAGCGAUUAUAAGAAUCACCAGAAAUAUGGCAUAAAUACCAAUGAAUGCGGUCUAAGAUAUGAACCGAUUUUAGUUAAUAUAAAUUAUCCACAAAAAUGCUUUCAAACCAAUCACUCAAUACUUCAAACACUGGACAAAGAAGUCUACUAUCAUAUGAACGAACCGGACAUCACUUCAAGUCGUAUAACAGAUGGCGAGGACGCAGUGAUGUCGGGUAAACCCCUAAUAGCACCAUGGGCAGUUAGUAUUCAUUUCAGAGCACUGGGCGUUAUUAGCACAGACCUGUGUUCCGGUGUAUUAAUUGCAAUGAAUUGGGUCUUAACGGCCGCCCAUUGUUUACAUGACCAUUGGAGUAAACAAUGGGUGAUAAGGGCCUCGCCGUAUAAGAGCGCAGGCUUUCAAACGCGAUACAUGAAGACAUUUAUAGCGUCCAACGAAUCCGACGUGGGUUUGAUUCAAACGGGUCGACCCUUUGACCGACUCCGGGACCGCACCCUAAAGAGACACUACUCUGUAAACACCGUAUGUCUGCCGGAAAUGAAUAAGAAUUUUAGUUCUGGAAAUGUGACGGUUUUUGGUUUCGGAGUCACCGGAGACGACGAUUUGACAUCCGAUAAACUACAGAAAGCUAUACUAGAGCUCUGGUCCUAUGAUGUGAUGUCUGACCAGUGGUGUGCUAUUAAUUACGGCAAUAAUACAAUCUGCGGCUCGUCUAUCAAAGGCCGGUUAUGUCAAGGCGAUUCUGGCGGCGGGUGGAUACGUUAUAACGACCGGUACGGGACUGAAGGGGUAGUGUUGGGCAUCCAUUCAAAAUCCGAAAGAAAAUGCUUUCAAACCAAUCAUUCAAUGAUACAAAUACUGGACAAAGAAGUCUACUAUCAUAUGUACAAACCGGACAUCACUUUAAGCCGUAUAGUGGAUGGUGAAAAUGCUGUGGUAUCUGGCAAACCAUUGCAAGCACCAUGGGCAGUCAGCAUUCACUUUAGACUUCUUAAUAUUCUAGACUACGAGGACUGUUCCGGUGUAUUGAUUGCCAUGAAUUGGAUCUUAACGGCCGCACAUUGUAUUGAUAGCCGUUUAUAUGGAAAAUAUGUGUUAAGAGCGUCGCCGUACAGAAGCGCCGGCUUUCAGACGCGACAUAUUAACCAAACAUUUAACUCGUCGAGCGGUGCGGACAUUGCUUUGAUUCAAACGGACCGACCAUUUGACCGACUUCGGGACCGAACCCUAAAGAGACACUACUCUAUAAACACCGUAUGUCUGCCGGAAAUGAAUAAAAAUUUUAGUUCAGGAAAUGUUACGGUUUUUGGUUUCGGUUACACCGGAGACGACGGUUCGCGAUCCGACAAACUACAUAAUGCUAUACUAGAAUUGUGGUCUUUUGAUCCAUGGGACCUCAAGGGUGAUUCUGGCAGCGGUUGGAUUAGAUAUAACGAUUGGUACGGGACUCAGGCUAUAGUGUUGGGCAUCCAUUCAGAAUCGGAAAUAUUUAGUAAAUUUUGCAGUACUGGCAGAAUAUUUAUUAUCUCACAAUUGACUGCAGAAAUGAAUGCAGAGUUUGUAUCGAAAGGCGAUUACAAGAAUCACCAGAAAUAUGGCAUAAAUACCAAUGAAUGCGGUCUAAAAUAUGAACCGAUUUUAGUUAAUAUAAGUUAUCCGAAGAAAUGCUUUCAAACCAAUCAUUCAAUGAUACAAAUUCUGGACAAAGAAGUCUACAAUCAUAUGAACGAACCGGACAUCACUUCAAGCCGUGUAGCGGAUGGCGAGGACGCUGUGGUAUCUGGCAAACCAUUACAAGCACCAUGGGCAUAUUGUUCCGGUGUUUUGAUUGCUAUGAAUUGGGUUUUAACGGCCGCUCACUGUGUAGAAGAUCAUUGGAGUGGAAAAUUUGUAAUAAGGGCCUCACCCUUUGCCAGCCGAGGCUUUCAGACCCGACAUAUUAACCAAACAUUUAACUCGUCGAGCGGUGCGGACGUGACUUUAAUUCAAACGGACCGACCCUUUACUCGGCUCCGGGACCGCACACUAAAGAGACACUACUCUAUAAACACCGUAUGUCUGCCGGAAAUGCAUCGGACUUUUGAUUUGGGAAAUGUGACGGUAUUUGGUUUCGGAUACACCGGAGACGACAGGUCGCGAUCCGAUAAACUACAGAAAGCUAUACUAGAAUUGUGGUCUUAUGAUCCGGUGGACCACUAUGUGUGUGAUCUGCGUUAUGGCAAGAAUCACAUGUGUGCCAGAUCUAUGAAGGGUCGCUUAUGUGGGGGCGAUUCGGGCAGCGGUUGGAUCCGAUAUAACGACCGGUUCGGCACUCAAGCAGUCGUAUUAGGCGUCUAUUCAAGAGGGGAUUCAAAAGGUGUUGUGUGCAGCAAACGGCGGGAAAUAGCCGUCUCUGUAUCGCAUGAAAUGCAAUGGAUUUUGAAUACUAUUUCAAACAAUAUUUCAUAA